CUGCUGGUUCCUUGGUAGUUCAUCUAUAUUCUUCAUCUAAGUACGUUGAAAUCAUAGCUCUCUGAGGCGGAUUUGGACUUUAUCUGAUUGAAAAAUCAUCACCUAGACAUCACCAUGUCAAAUACCACUGAUGAUGUCUUUUCGACAACGCCUGAUUAUUCAUCGUACUAUGAGAACAGUAAUGACAGCUUUGAUCCUUGUCCGGAAUACGAUUUCAGGACAUUUUAUAGAGGGUUUCUGGUGACCAUUUAUAUUUUGGUUUUCAUCCUGGGCUUCUUAGGGAACAGCCUUGUUGUGUGUGUUCUGAUGAAACACCGUAACCAGACUAACAUGACCGACAAGUGUCUUUUACACCUCGCCGCCUCUGACAUCCUCUUCAUCAUGACUCUUCCAUUCUAUAUCCAAUACGUUGUGGUUAAUGAAUGGACCCUAGGUGACCUCAUGUGUCGUUUCCUUUCAUUCGCUCAUCACACUGGAUUCUACAGCAGCAUCUUUUUCAUGGUUAUUAUGACACUGGAUCGCUAUGUGGUCAUCAUGUACUCUCACAAGGUGGCACAGUAUCGCACGAGGAAGGCGUGCUAUACUCUGAUUGCAAUUGUUUGGUUUCUGAGCAUCCUGGUAUCUCUGCCCACUUUCAUCUUCUCAGAGUUAGAUGAUGAUGACCAAUCUGUGACAUGUUCCUACAACCCGGAAAAAGAGAACUGGCGCUACUAUGAUCUAUUGGCAACAAAUAUUCUGGGCCUCGUGGUUCCCAUGCUGGUGAUGGUGGUUUGCUACUCGAGGAUAAUCCCCACUCUGGUCAGGAUGAGGACAGUCAAGAGGCACAGGGUUGUUAAACUCAUCAUCUCCAUAAUGGCCAUCUUCUUCGUAUUCUGGGCUCCCUAUCACAUUUCCCGUUUCUUGAAGUUUCUGUUUGAAAAAGACAUAAUAACAGGCAGUUGCAGCUUUGAGACAAACAUUAAGCUGUCAACUACGGUGUCCGAGACAAUUGCCUACACUCACUGCUGCCUGAACCCAAUUAUAUAUGCCUUUGUGGGCCAAAAGUUUAUGAGACGAGCCCUACAGCUGCUGAAGAGGUGGGCUCCUGGUCCAGUGAGUUUCACAGAGAGCUCAUUCAGGAGAAGUUCGGUUCUGUCUCGGUCCUCUGUCACCUCCACCAUCGUCAUGAUGUAGCUAUAUUUGAUUGACUUUAAAUAUUUGCAGAGUCUAAUCAGCGAUUAAAAACCAGUCAGUGUUAGUGUGGCGAUUUAAUCUUUAGGACAGUACUAAUAUCAGUAUUUGAACUUCAUGCAAUCUCUGUGCAUCACUCAGUACCAUCACUUCCUCCUACUUUAGACAUCUGAGACAGAAAGCACAUUGGACAUAAAUAUCAGUUUGUAACAGCUUUUAACACGCAGGUAUAUACUGUAACUUCAGAUUUCAUAGCUCUUUUAAUGUCUUCACACAUUUGUGAGCUGGUGAAAAAAAACAACAGUUUCACAGCAUGAAGCUUUUGCAUCAAACUCUGCAGUGUUUUGCAUUUACUGAAGGAAUUCUGCUUAAUAUGCAAUUGUACAAUCUGUCAAAAUGUACAAAGAAAUUCAAAAAGAGUUGUAAUAUUUUUCCUAUAUGCUGUAAUAUUUUUUGCUUUUUAUAAUAAAAUA